CGCCAUUUAACUACGUGCUGCCAAAAGCCGCAGCAGCGAACCGUCGUCUUCGGCUUGUGCCAAUCGUGUGGUUUGGCGACUGAGGCGGUGAAUCCAAGACACCACCGCGAAACAGGCGACGGCUGCUCGAUUGCGUUGCGCGACGUACAAAAGCGUUGCGAGAGCUGGUUCUUCUUAGCUGAGCUGCUCUGCGACGUGGCGCACUUUAGGAUUGGAGCUAUCGAAGCUGAACUGUCGCACACAGCGAGCUCGUCCAACCUCAUACAACACGGUCGCGAUCGGCAGAGAUUCAUUCUAGAAGCAUCGUCUCCCUGCGCAAGAGCCCGAGAAUCCAAGGCGUAGCCAUCAACUUGCUUAUUGCUUCCUUGCGUGGCCAGCUGAGCCUCACAUCUGCAGCCCAGCAUGUUCCAACCAAAGAAGCCCUACUCCGCCGUCACGGUCACCAUCGAGACGCUCACCUCCGAGGCCUACCAAGAGGACGACGUCGGCGGCAUCCCCGACCUCGUCGAAGUCAUCACCAUCCAGGCCUCUGGCCCCACCGAGGCCGCGCGCGCCAUUCGCAAGAAGCUCAAGUACGGCAACGUGCACCGCCAGAUCCGCGCCCUGGUCCUGCUCGACGGCCUGAUCCAGAAUGCCGGCCCGCGCUUCCAGCGAACCUUUGCCGACGAGCCUCUGCUGGAGCGACUGCGCGUCUGCGGCACGUCUGAUCUGUCCGACCCGGAGGUGAGGAAGAAGUGCAGGGAGCUGUUCAGCAGCUGGUCCCAGUACGCGAACAAGCCGGGUCUGGAGAGGAUCGCUCGACUGCACAAGGAGCUACCCAAGCGCAAGGUUGGCGUCACGCAGGAGCGAUCAAAGGUGCUGAAGGAGACGGAGAACCCCUUUGGCGACGAGGACGACGACGAGCCAUCUUCUCCAAAGCCCUCCAACGCCGCUGGGCCGUCGUCAUCCUCCCAUAGCCGCUCGGCGCAUAGUCGCGAAGGGUCAGCAGUCAACUCCCUCAAACAUCACCAAACGCCUUCACUGUCUCUGUCUAGCGGUGGAUCCAUAUUCGGUAGCAGCUCUUCUAGCUCCGACAAGAAGAAGAAGAGCAGCAGCAGCAGCAAGUCCAAGGGCAAGAGGAAGCCGUUUGAUCUAGAAGCAGAAAAGGAGCAGAUGAAGUCUGUUAUUGCGGAGUCGUCGCUGGCAGCUACAAACUUGGGCAACGUGCUGCAGACCAUCAACCGUGAGAAGGAGCGGAUUUCCGAAAACAACCUGGCUGUCGAGAGAUUUGAAUCUUGCAAGCUGCUCCGUAGGAAGGUGUUGCGCUACAUUCAUCAUGUCGACCACGAACAGUGGCUCGGCCCUCUCCUCCACGCCAACGAUGAACUGGUUCACGCCCUCAUGACGUUUGAGCAGCUGGACCAAUCUGUGGACGCUGACAGUGACUCUGAUGACGAACUCGCAGAACAAGCUCACUUAUACCGAAUGGCUGCCUUGAAAGGAAAAGAAGAACAGGCCGCAAGAGACGGCACCACCUCUCCAACCCGGGCCGAGCACCCUGACAUCACCGGCCUGAGCAUCAACUCCUCACCAAGACAGACUCCGCCGCCCCGGCCAUCUACCAAGCCGGCCUUUUCAGCACCUCCAAUUCCACCGCCGCUGCCGUCGAACCCGCGACCGAUAGUGCAGGAGAGACAGGACUCCUACCAGUCAGAGGAAGAGGACGAAGACGAUCCGUUUGCGGACAGAAACGCCAUGUGAAACGAAUUUGUGGAGCGUCUCUUGCGAAAAUGAUGUGUGCAAAUUUCAUCUAUUCGUCGUUCUGAUAUCCCCCUCUGUUGUGUCUGGGCCUUUUUUUUUUUUUUUAUAUUGGUUAUAUUUUUUCUUCGAUUUUACUCCUGGGAGACAGGGAGAGAGGGACGCUGCUGAUAUGGAGAUCUUUGGCGGGCGAUUUGAUCGAAGCGGGCAAGUCUAAUGAUUCAUGAGGCCAUGAUAUCUAUCAUGUGUGCAGGUUUUGUAUAUGACUUUGAAUCUAGUUGGAAAUGAUACAACAAAAAUAUUGCCCAACUUUUCCUCCUUUCUCGCUCUCUUGUCAUAAAUAUGAUUCACGCCCUUCGAAUAAUGCCGAGUUGACGGGCGUGCCCCUGACUCUGCAUUGAGUGAUGCAUCUCUUUGCUUACCACUUUUCUUUUUAGAGCUAUAUAUAAUUUGAUUCUCUU